AUGGGUAACAAAAAGGCCCCAGGACCGGAUGGGAUGUCUGUUCUGUUCUUCAAGCACUAUUGGGGGACUGUGGGCGAGGAUUUCUCUGAGGUUGUCUUGGAUUUUUUUUGGACGGACAUUAUGCAUAAAGGUGUUAACGCAACAAAUAUCGUCCUUAUCCCCAAGGUCCAAAACCCAAAAAGAAUGAACCAUUAUAGGCAUAUUUCACUGUGUAACGUGUUGUAUAAGGUUAUUUCUAAAAUCAUUGCUAAUAGAAUUAAGCCUCCGCUCCCUUUUUUGAUUUGUCCUACCCAAGCUGCUUUUGUUCCGGGGAGGAAUAUCCAGGAUAACAAUGUAAUCAUUCAAGAGAUUAUCCACUCCUUCAACAGGAAAAAAGGCAAGGAAGGAUGUUUUGCCAUAAAAAUUGACCUUAUGAAAGCCUAUGACAAACUGAGCUGGAAUUUUGUUAACCAUGUGCUUGCUGGGUUUGGGGCGCCGCAAAAGUUUCGGGGUUGGAUUUCCCAAUGCAUCACUACCACCUCUCUCAAUAUUUGCCUUAAUGGUGGUCAGUUUGGUAACAUCACCCCCUCUUGUGGUCUUCGUCAGGGUGACCCCUUGGGUGGCCCUAUACUCUCCCACAUUUUCUUUGUGGAUCACUUAAUCUUGGUUGGGAGAGCGAAUUUGGAAGAAGCUAAAAGUUAUUGGCAAUGCAUUGAGAGACAAAAGGAUGCCGACUUCAAUUUCAUCAUUGAGAACCUCAUGUCUAAACUUCAGGGAUGGAAAGCUAAGUCUCUGUCUAAAGCGGGUCGUGCUACUCUCAUAAAGUCUGUUGGCCUUUCCUUACCUAUGUAUGCCAUGCAAACGACCAAACUCUCAAGUUGCCUUGUGACUAAGAUUGAUGGAAUGGUUCCUGAUUUCUGGUGGGGGUCUGAAAAGGGUAACCAUGGCCUGUAUCUAAAAGCUUGGGAUAAACUUUUCCUUCCUAAGUCUUUAAGGGGGCUUGGGUUCCGAGCCUGUAAGUUGGUGGUGGACGGGAAGGAUACUAAUAUUUGGAAUUACCCUUGGAUCGCUCAUAGAAAAGGUUUCCUCCUUCGUUCUGACGGCUCCUCCACGGUUGGGGUAACCAAAGUUGCUGAUCUAUUGUUAAAUAAUGGGGGAUGGAAUAUCCCCUUGUUAAAUAGUGCUUUCGAUAAGGGUACUGUAUCUGAUAUCUUGAAAGGGGGUAAUCCAUCUGGACUGGCCAACGAUAAAUGGAUUUGGACGUUGGAAGGGAAUGGGCGGUUCUCGAAUAAAUCAACUUAUCUUGCUCAAGCCCUUGACAGAGCGCCUCUUUGUGAGGCCGCCCCGUGUCUUUGGAAUAGACUAUGGAACAGUAAAAUUUCUGAAAGACUGAAAACUCUUUGCUGGUGUAUUCUGGCCAAGGCUCUUCCUGUCCGUUCUGUGAUCGGCAGAAAAUUUCCCAUUGAGGAGGUGUUGUGUCCUCUGUAUGGGAUAGAGAAUGAAACUAUUAAACAUCUGUUCUUAUCUUGUAAUGUGGCUUUCUAUUUGUGGAGAUCCUCACCGUGGGGCAUUUUUCCUGUGUGUGAUACUGGCACCUGGAUGUGGGACUGGGUUAAAUUCAUUUGGGACCUUAAAAACAAAGGCAUCAAUUCUGAUGAGGUCUUCCUUUAUGCUUCGUUAACUGUGGACACCAUCUGGCGGAUCAUGAAUGAUAAGGUACAUAAUAACUGUCUCUUUGAUGUAACUAAAUGUAUUGAUAGUAUUCGCUCUUCUUUUACUGUUCACCAUGCGUCUGUGUUCCCUUGCUCUACUCCGUGCUUGAUGGAUGACUGA